ACUCGCAUACAUAUGUGUAAUAUUUAAUUCUGCUGCAUUCUUUUUGGAACAACAAGGAUUUACAAAUAGAUGUAAACUAUGUUGUUUUAUUUUUUACUACUACUUACAGCUGAUGGGAAGGAGAUACCAAGAACAGGAUGUAAUUUCGAAAAUGGUUUUUGCAACUGGACGAGUAAAGAUAAUUUCUGGAAGUUGGCGAAAGAUUCUUUGACUCCAGGUUUCAUCAGCAACAAAAACACUUAUGUUGAGGCAAAGUCGUCAACAGAUGGCGCUGUUUUAAUUUCACCUUUUGUUGACCUACAUGAAGACACAUCGAAAGACAAUUGUUUGAAGUUUUCAUACGCUUGGGGAUAUUUACCUACUGAUAACCUCGGUUCUUCGCUUAAAGUAUUAUUGAAAACCUCAUCGUCAGACGAAGGGCAUGAAAUUUUCAGAACUAGCAAAUUUCAAACUUACCAGUGGCAGCAAGUUGCUAUCAUCCUGCCUAAUACAAAAUCUAAAUAUCAAAUAUAUUUUAUUGCAACUUCAAACAAUGAAAAAGGCUCCAUAAAACUUGAUGACAUAGAAAUCUACCAAUGUGCCGAAGGGGAAAAAGCUUCAUCAAAUAAAGACAAACUGUCUUGUGAUUUUCAAACUGGAUUUUGUUCGUGGUACAACGACAUUAACAAUGACGGAUGGUGGCAGAUUAAUGACAUGGCAGACUUUCCAAAUAAUUUUAGGGAAGUUUAA